ACGCCUGGUGGCCUCUGCAAACUGAGAUGAAUCGUUUCUCUUUCGAUCGAACCGACACGCACCACGAAAGUUCGAUCCUUCAAGCUCCACGUCAAUUAUCCUUUCGGCUCGCGACAAAAAAAAAAAACAACCCAUACAACGCACGUCCGGCAGUUUCUACACUCUGAGGAGGAACGCCUGCUUGUGUAGAUCCUUGAAAUAUGCUCAAAAUUGCAGUUGGAGUAGAAGUGCCUUGAAACAUGAGUCAAACGGCUGCCAUCACGAGCCAACUGGCUGCCACAAAGAUAACAAAUGACACAACGACGGAGCAGAAGGAAAACCUGCCGGAGGAGGUGAAUACCUCCAAUGAAACGAUGACUAACGGUGGCGCCCCUGACUCAGAACUGGAAUUCGCCGAUCCUUUUUGCAACGCCGAUAAUCCUCAGAUAAUUACCUUUCAAGAUGUUACUUCGGCAGCUUUCAAAAUAAAGAAAGGCAUCGAGUACACCCCCUGCUCCAAAUCGCACCUGUCCGAUAUGAUCGAUAUGGACAUUUACCUCAAAAAGGAAUUCCUGCAGUUCACCGGCAGCUUUAAGGAACGUGGCGCCCGUUAUGCGCUGAUAAUGCUGUCGGACGAGCAGAGGAAGAAGGGAGUUAUUUCAGCAUCGCUCGGAAACCACGCUCAGGGCCUGAGCUACCAUGGAUGGAAAUUGGGAAUACCGGUGACCGUUGUAAUGCCCAAAAAGGCAUCUCUCAUGAAAAUUCAAAAAUGUCGCAACUAUCACGCAAAUGUCAUUGUCAAGGGUGUUGACAUGGGUGAGGCAAAAAAGAUUGCACUCAAAAUGGCACACGAAACUGGACUGACGUACAUCAACGGUUACGACCAUCCACACAUCAUGGCCGGUCAGGGCACAAUCGGACUGGAAAUUGCGGAGCAAGUCAGCAACAUCGAUGCCGUUGUAGUUCCGGUCGGGGGCGGCGGGCUCAUCGGGGGCGUUGCCACCGCCAUUAAGAACUUGAGCCCGCAAACCAAAAUCAUUGGUGUAGAAUCAGAGAAGUGUCCCAGUUUCACGAGGGCACUGGAAAACAAAGCCCCGAUAUACACUCCCAACAAGGAAACGCUGGCCGAUGGCUUGGCAGUGCCACAAGUCGGUUAUAAUGCAUUCGCCACGACCGUACCGUUGCUGGACAAAAUGAUAGUGGUGAAGGAAGAGUGGAUUGCUCUGGCCAUUUUGCGAUUAGUCGAGCUGGAGAAAUGUGUUGUCGAGGGGGCAGGAGCUUCGGGAUUAGCCGCAAUCCUCGCUGGUCAUUUGGACGAGUUCAAGGGAAAGAGAGUCGUCUUGCUGGUGUGCGGCGGUAACAUCGAUACCACCAUAUUCGGACGCUGCUUGGAACGGGGUAUGGCUGCUGAGGGUCGAUUGCAACGAUUCACGGUACAGGUCAGCGAUGCCCCCGGAGGGAUAUCCAAGCUGUGCAACCUGUUGGCCCAACUCGGAGUUUCCAUUAAAGAUAUAAUGCACGAACGUGCCUUCAUUCGCGACGUGAAUUCCGUUGAGGUCAAAGUGAUUUGCGAGACACGUGACUGGAAGCAUUCGCAAGAGUUGAAGAAAACACUGCAGGAGACAUACGAGGAAGUGUACUUCUACGAGACACCGAUGGCUAUUUGACGGACCACGGCGGGAACCAGUGCUGUUGAAAGCGAAACAAUGGGCAAAUAGAAAGAACCAAUGUAUAUACAACUGAGUACUCUGCUCCAGCGAAGUGAGCAAACACUAGCGAGCUCGCAGAACAAAAAGCGAAUAAAGCGUUUUCCGUUGUUUCC